AUGUGUGAAUUGGAAAACGGAGUGGUGUACAUAUCGUUGAUCGGAGUUCGAGUCGAAUACAGAAGACAAGGAGUCGGUUCAGCACUCAUUCAAUACGCGAUUUCUUUCGGCAGAGCCAUGAAGAAAGAUAUUCAGUUGCAUGUAGAAGUCGGCAAUACCACUGCUCAGCAGUUUUACAAACAACACGGUUUUAUUGAAACUGAGAGAGACGAAACCUACUACGACGAUCCACCAAGAGCGGCUUUCGUUUAUACGAAGAAAUUUAAUGAAUGA